AUGGAUCUCUCUUUCUCACUAUGGUUUUCUCUAUUGGGUGGCCAUCCAUGUUUUGUCACACCCCAGGAUAUUCAUCUAGGAGUCAAUGAGAGCACCACAGAAAUGGCUAGGGUGCUCUCGGGUUUGGCAGAUGUUGUGUUGGCUUGGGUGUAUAGUCACUCAUCUGUGGAGCAUCUGGAUAUAGACGCUUCUAUACCUAUCAUUAAAUUACCUAUCUGACUUAACCACCCUUUACAAGUUCUGGAUAACCUAUUGACACUUCAGGAGCACUAUGGCUCAUUAAAAGGCCUCACUUUGGCUUGGAUAGGUGAUGGAAUCAAUGUUCUUCACUCUUUUAUGUUGUCAUUGGCUAAACUAGGUGUCCAUCUAAAAGUGGCCUCACCCAAGGGUUAUGAGCCAGAUUCUAACGUCCCUCAAGAGGCUCAGCUUCUGUCUAAGCAACACAGGACAGCAGUGUGGUUACUGGUUACUGACACUUGGGUGAGCAUGAGCCAAGAAGAGGAGGAGGAGAAGAAGAGACUAAAAGAUUUCCAAGGUUACCAGAUUACCAUGCAUACAGGAAGUGUGGCGGCACCAGACUGGACAUUUUUGCACCAUCACCAUCACAUAGAGGAUGAAGUUUUCUACUCACCAUGUUCCCUUGUGUUCACAGAGGCUGAGAACCGCAAGUGGACCAUCAUGAAUUUGAUAGUGUGCAUCCUGACAGACUAUACGCAACAAAUUCCCAAACUUAAAUAAUAAAUAAAAAAUGUGGGAAUAUAGCACUGAAAACAGAAUUCUGUCAUCUGUCUGCAUCUAUAAUUGUAAAUUAUAAUAUUUGUCACUCUUGGCCAAUGGAGGCUUUUAGAAAGAAAGAGGAAAUUCAGAAAUAAAGAAUUGUUUUAAAUGAUAAAAUCCUUUUAUUUAAUGUGUGAAAAAUACUUUUUACAAAAUUAAAAUAUUGAAUUUCAGUGACACAAAUACCUUUAAGACCUAUAGAGGGCGCUGUGACAUUGUGAGAAAUACUAGUAUCUGUUUAUCACAUUUUGUAUAUUCAGAUUUCUUUAAAUUACAAAGGGUUGGAUGGACACUG